AUGACUACGAAGCACAUCUUUGAGGACUCCCACGGCCUGGUCGACAAGGCCGUGCUUGGUGCUGCGGCUACGAAUCCCGCUCUGCGCGUGGUGUACGAUGCGGAGCACUCCCGCGACAAGGUCGCGCUGAUUGCUGGCGGUGGCGCCGGCCACGAGCCGUCGUUCACUGGCCUUACUGGCCGUGGUCUGCUGACCGUGGCUGUGUCGGGUGAUAUCUUUGCCUCGCCUUCCGCUGCCCAGAUCUGCUCGGGUGUGGACCUGGCGCCGACCGACAAGGGUCUUGUGGUGAUUGUGAACAACUACACCGGUGACUGCCUUAACUUUGGUCUUGCCGCCGAGAAGGCGCGCUCGGCGUACAACGGUGAGGGCGGCAAGAAGCACGUCGAGAUGGUCAUUGUCGGUGACGAUGUCUCGGUCGGCCGCACCAAGGGUGGCCUUGUCGGCCGCCGUGGUCUGACCGGUGUGGCGUUCGUGUGCAAGGCCCUCGGUGCUGCUGCCGAGGCCGGUGAGGACGCCAAGACCCUCGGCAAGCUCGGCCGCUCGAUCGUGAACAACGUUGUGACGAUCGGCUCGAGCCUCGACCACUGCCACGUCCCCGGCCGUGCGAAGGACGACGAGGAGCGUGGUGCGCUCGGCCCCGAUGCCAUCGAGAUGGGUAUGGGUAUCCACAACGAGCCCGGUGUGAAGCACCUGGAGAAGAAGCCCAAGGCGAACGAGCUCUUCUCUGAGAUGCUCUCGCUCCUGCUCAACCCCGACGACAAGGAGCGUGCGUUUGUGCCCUUCUCCAAGGACGACGACCCAGUCAUGGUGAUCAACAACCUCGGUGGCAUGAGCAACCUGGAGCUUUCGGCGAUCGCCGCAGAUGUCCAGAGCCAGCUGCAGAAGGAGUGGGGUAUGCGCCCCGUGCGCGUGUACGUCGGCACGUACAUUACCUCGCUGAACGCGCCCGGCUUCAACAUCUCGCUCAUCAACCACAAGCGCAUCAAGUCGGAGACGGGUGCCGACUUCCUCGAGCUCCUCGACGCCCCCACCGAUGCUUCUGGUUGGCUCGGUGUCGCCCACGGCUGGAAGAACCAGGCGAUCCUCCCCACGCCUGAUGAGCAGCUCAAGGAGAGCAAGGCGAUCCUGGAGAAGAAGCAAAAGUCGGGUCACGGCGUGAGCGGCAGCGCGACGGAGGGCGCAGCUGCCUCGAGCGGCCCCCUGAACUCUGACGCGGACCUCAUCAAGAAGGUCGUGGAGAACGCGUGCAAGGCAGUGGUGGACGUUGAGCCGACGCUCACCAAGUACGACACCAUUGUCGGUGACGGUGACGCUGGUGAGACGCUUCGUGGCUGUGGUGAGGCGAUCCUCGAGGCGAUCAAGAAGGGCGAGAUUCCCUUUGACCGUGCGACCGCGACGAUCCUCGGCAUCGGCCAGGUGAUUGAGUCGAACAUGGGCGGCACCUCGGGUGCCAUCUAUGCCCUGUUCUUCACCGGCCUCGUGCAGGGCCUGCUCGAGUCGACGGACGACACCAAGUCCAAGGCUUCGGUCAAGAACUGGGGCCACGCCGCGCAGACCGCGCUGUCGAACCUCGGCAACUACACGCCUGCGCGCCCCGGCGACCGCACGCUCGUCGACGCUCUGACGCCCUUCUGCAAGACCCUCGACGAGGAGGGCAAGAAGGGCACCGACGCCAAGUCCGCGCUCUCGGCCGCUGUCGAGGCGGCCAAGGAGGGCGCGGAGAAGACGCGCGACAUGACUGCGCGCCUCGGCCGUGCUACGUACGUCGGCGAGACCUCGGAGAAGGUGCCCGACCCCGGUGCGUGGGGUGUGUUGGCGCUCGUCGAGGGCAUUGCCAAGUCGUUCUAA